AUGAAAUUGUUCAAGAAUAAUGAAACAAAACUUUUAUAUUACACUUCAUUAUCAAAUGCAUUAAAAAUAUUUGCAAACUCUGUGUAUAGUGAGACAGGUUACAGAUAUUCACCAUUAUAUCAUAAAGAAGUUGCUUCAUCAGUUACAGUAUUUUGUAAAGCAACAUUAAAGAUCAUGAUUGAUUUCGUGAAAGAACAAGGAUUUAUAGUAGUUUAUAGAGACACAGAUUCUAUAUUUUAUUCAUUGCCAGAAUCAUAUUUCACAGAACUUGAUACUAAGUACUCUAACAAAUUAUUAUCAAAAAAAGAGUAUUGGGAGGAGCAGAUCAAAUUAACAAUAUUACACUCAAAGAUACUAGAAACAAAAAUUAAUAAAUACUUGAAACAGAUUAUAAAAUCUAUAUACUUAAAGAUAACCUAUGAAAAAACCAUGUACUCCUUUUUAAUUUUUGGAAAAAAGCAUUAUAUUGCAAUUACUCAUUCAGAUGUGCCAAAUUUAGACAAUUUAAAUUUACUAUUGAAAGGUCUCAAAACCAUUAAACGUAAUGUAACAGAGUUUUACAAACUAGUAGCGAAAGAAUUAAUAUAUUCUUUACUUGGAUUCAAUAAAGAUUUCUUGAUCAGACAAGAAGAAAUAGACCAAAAAGAAUUAUUUGACACAACAUAUGCUUCAGUAUCAGCAGUCAAUUUUGUAAGAUUAUUAAACAAAGAUCUGUCAAAAGAAGAACAAAAUGAAAUACUUAAGCAAAUCACAAAAUCUGAUACAAAAAAAGGAAACAAGAUGGUUAAUAGUUUUAUUGCUAGAUUGAAACAUUCUAUUGAGCCAGGAUGA